AGCUACAAGUACACUGUGGGGUGGUUCCUUGUGGAGUGUGCCGACAAUAGAGAAACCUGUUCAAAGGAGCAUGGGGGACACUGAAUGGGUUUCCUUGUGUAGAGUGAAUUAGCUCGGGUAUGGGGUAUAGCCUAUAGGGGCAUGAAGCGGUACUUGGACUAUUGAGUCCUUGACCAUAAUUAUAGGAUCCCUUGUUGGAGAUUGGCCCGCUGCAGUGUUAAAGCUUUCGGUGGACUGACAGUCUGAGAUGUGAGCACCUGGGUACUCUUGUGAUUGAACGGGCACGGAUUUCUUGAGAACUGAACACUUCAUGUUGCUUGUACUUGAUACGCUUAAAUCUCACAAGCGCAGGGACCUGGCUUUUGAGGGCAGAGAGUUUCAGCUGUAUGUCAGUUAGUAAACAACACUCACUGGCUGGGCACCCUUGUGGAAGUCAUGUUUGCUGAGAAUGUUUUGGAGUACAGGAGUCGUUGCCCAUUUGCUGGUCUCUGCAUUCCUCCGAGCCCUGUGUAAAGAUUUUCUUGAGGACUUCAACGGCACUCGAGGAUCUGCAGACAAAAGAUUGGAAAGUUUAUACUUUACCGUCUCUCGGAGUGGAGUGCUUUAGUACUGUUCAACACAUGCACAGCUGGGCGAUCGGGAAGCCUGGAUGUGAAAAAAAUCCAGUCUGCAAACUGAAAAGGAAGGGAGAUAUUUCUCAAGCAGCUGUGAAAAUUUGUGAAGUUGACUCAUGGGCCUUCGUAGAUUUGUCUUUGGAAAGGGAAUAUAUUGCCACCUGGACAUUCUCCAAGCAACUGUAACAAUUUUGCAGGAGUUUUGAGUCAUUCUUGACUGGCCAUGUUGGAUGCGCAAGCUCUGUCUAUGCAUGAGAGCUGACGAGAAGAUAGUGAAAAAUUCAUGCACGAACACAUUUUGGAUUCUUCCGGAUAUUAAUCUUAAAUUCAGCCACCGAUAUCCAAAUAUGAAGUAUUCUUAAACUGGCAGCAAGACACACUCUCCCAAAUCAAAUGCUGCAACUUGUUUAAAACGUUGCCAAAAAAAGGUCACAACCUGUGGAAUGUCAUUGACACGUGGAACUAUUUUGUGCCCAUCUCAGAGAGGAUUAUGCCUGGAUUUACCAUAUGUUUGGUUUGGAGACUUUGUCUUGCAUUUGCCUGUGAAGUCAAUUCUCGUGUGACAAAUUUAAAGGAACGUUGUUUACUUUCCCUGCUGGCUGACCCAUUCACAGUUCUAUUUGCUUAACCGAGUUUCAAGUUAUUUUCCCUGUGCCCCUUUAGUCCCAAAACAAGCGAUACAACACAGGACGGGUUUGGAGUCAUUACAGUUGAACAGCAGACGAGAAUGAGGGAAGCCUACAGACUGCAAAAUCGGAGGAUUUCUCGAGCGUUCAAGCAGAGAACUCCCUCCCAUUCAGGCGUUUCCAAAAAUAAACCGUGUUAGCCCUUUGGCACUUUUUAAUUGAGCCCUGGCCCCGCGGGCGGAUUCGGCGGAAUAGCUGGUGUGCAUGUCAGCGACGCCCGCUUGGAAACAAAGCCGUUGGAGAACAAAGGAAUGCCCUUGUAGUCGGGGAGAAAAACUGAAGCCUCUGGCAGAAAUGAAACUGUACUGUUGCUAUAAAUAAACCAGGGCAGCGUGUGCUGAGCCGAGUCUUGUGUGCUGAGUGCGACGUGUUGAAAUCUCAACGCACUGGAAAGGAUAGACCACGAACGAGCACACUGGAGCUGACUCUACUGAAAGAUCGGCAGAGCCAGGCUGGAAUGCUGUCUGGAGGAGGUGUGGUUAAUGGGAGGAAAUCAUCGCUUUUCUUAAAAUGCCCAUCUUUGGGAAUCUGACACCCAAGGGGAGGCUAUAGAACCCCAGAGGUCAGUCAUUGAACUCUUAGGUUUUUUUGAUUGCUGGUGGAUUAGUUACUCCCCUCAACAGAUGACCCUUGUUGGAAUGGAAUUGGAUUUCUGCGGUUGAAACUGAUGUCAGAAGUUUCAUUUGAGGGGAUUUUUUGUAAGUGUCUCACAACUUGACCAUUUGAAAAGGGCUUGUGGGGAUAUCUUCCCCGUAGUGGAUUACUGUUUUGGGACUAAUUUUGAAGAAAAAUGCAGGUACAUGUGUCUGUAUGCUGUGGCAGAGGUUAUGGAUUUCUUUGUGGUCAUAACUGCUGUGAACAGUGCUCAUCUUGUAUGUCUGUAAAUACCGUAAUGCAUUUAGACCUGAUUUACAGAAGGGAAAUUUCUCUGGACAGAUGGAAGGCUGGCACCAAAAUUGGAUGAAAAUCAGGAAUUUAUGAGGCGUUGCAAGGCUAGGGCUUUUUAUAAAUAGGGUCCCAGUCACUGGGGAAUUUGUUAAAUGGACAGUAGUGUUCGUGAGUUGUAGGUGAAAAGUGCAUCCCCUUUUUUCUUUUAAACUCAAGUGUGCAUUUUAAACGUUUGUAAUUCAACCAAAUUUCACCCUCCAGUGGAUGGGGUUUAUCAGACUGAAUGUUUGAGACCCAGAUUGGAUGAAGUAAGAGGCUUUUUUCUCUCUUUCAUUGAUCGUCAUAGCCCUCCAGACUGACUUCUUUUACUAAUAGCAUUACCAGCUGUCUUUUUCAUCUCUGGUCUGAAUCUCUCAUCUGUAGACAGUAUAAAAUUUGUGCUAAUUUUAUCCCCCACUUGUAUAAAUGAAGCCAAAUUUGUGAAUGAGUCAGAUCAUAUGGUCAGACGCACCCUGCGUGUGGCUGUUGAAAUUGCAAUUACCAUUAAAACUCUUGGUCCAUGUUUUGACAUUACAACAUGUGAGCACUAAAAUUAGACAAAAAAUCCUCUUUUAUUUUUGCAUAACUAAUUUUGCCCCCUUUUCUAUAAAAGGGAUCUGUCAGCAUCUGUAAAGCUUUAAACUUGUAGCAAGUUCCUGAACUGUACGUGCAUGCUCAUUCUCCAGGAAAUAAUAUUGCCCGUGUUACAUGUCCAUUUCGGUGGGGAAGCUUCGCCCAGCUGUGUGUACGUGUGGGCAAAAUGCUGUUUGCAGCCGACCGACCUACACCGUGUGAAACCAAGAGGAAGCCGGCAAUCAAGUUGGAAGGAAUCAUUUUAUCCCUCGACCUAGAGUUCAGCGGUUGUUGCUGAGUUGUCUUUUUAGCCGGUUGGCUAUUUUUGCAAAAUUUAUGCUCAGGUUCGAUGAAAAAUCCGUCAUGGGCUCAUGCCUGAGGGGAGCUGCGUAGCUUCAGAUGUAAAAGUUAGUGUCGCUCUCUGCCACAUGUAGUGAAAGGUGGACUUGACCUGAUGUUUUGACGGAGUUUUGGACGCACACAUGGCUGCAACAAUGUGCAGGUCAUGACAGUACGUGUGUGUGUACUUCGGGGCUUGAUUGUGACUCAUCAUUUGAGGAAGGGAAACAGUUUUCUUCCAUCCCCUUCUCCAGCGACAGGAAGCCACAAAAUGUGAAUGAGCCCUAGCAAUAUGGGGGUUUUGGAAACCUCGCAGCAGCUAAACCUGAUUGUGCAGCUGGAUGAAUCUGUAAGUUAACCUCUGCAGAGUCCUGCCGAAACCUGGAAUAUCUAUAAUAAACCUGUACUUUCUGGAACACCGAUACCUUUUUUUUUGGUCGGGGUCGUUUACUGCAACCCUCUGAACAAUGGGGCAGUCUCUGUCGGAUCUGCAGGGUUCUAACGGUGUGGCGGGCCGGCAGCCAGCCAGGCGGACCCAGUCCCUGCGCGGCUCGGUCCAAUACCGCAACCGGCGGUCCAGCCGGUCCCGCCAAGCCGAGCAGGAGAAACACCACAGCGUGCAUAUCAUCGAGAGCAUCCCCACCGAGAUGUUUCUAAGCAGACAGAGGCAGUACAGGGCGUGGCAGCAAUAUGCUCAGAUGGACCUGCCUCCUGAAAAGGCACGGCUCCUUCGCCAGUAUGACGAUGAUAAGAAAUGGGAUCUCAUCUGUGACCAGGAGAAAGUGUCUGCAAAAGAUCCGCCCCACACUUACAUCCUGCGAAUCAAAAGGGUGAUGGAACCAGGAAACACAUCAAAGCGCCAAAGAAAGAAAAUAUUCGACACAUCGACACAGAACUUGAGAGAUUUGGAAAUUUCACUACGAACGAACAGUAUACAAUGGGUACGAGAGUUUUUGAAUGACGAGAAUAACGGCCUGGAUGUUUUGGUUGAGUAUCUGCAGUGGCUCAACAAAGCAAUGACGUUUGAGGAGCAGCAGGAGACCCUCCCCAAGACCGUCUCGUCGCGCAGCGUGCGAAGCACCCGGCGCGGUUCCAAGCCUGGUGGGUCACCCAACCACCUGGCCAUCACGCGGGACGAUGUCCACGUCUGCAUCAUGUGCUGCAGGGCAAUCAUGAACUUUCAGUACGGCUUCAAUCUUGUGAUAAACCACAACGAAUGUAUCAAUGCAAUAGCACUCAGCCUCAAUCACAAGAGCCCAAGAACCAAAGCCUUGGUCUUGGAGCUCCUUGCGGCCGUCUGCCUGGUCAAGGGAGGACAUGAGAUAAUCCUCCAUGCCUUCGACAACUUCAAGUUGGAGUGCGGCGAGAGGUAUAGGUUUGAGAAUCUGUUUCAGUACUUCCAGAAAUAUGAAGACACAAAUAUAGACUUCAUGGUUGCAUGCAUGCAGUUCAUUAACAUAGUUGUACACUCAGUGGAGGACAUGAACUUCCGAGCGUAUCUACAGUUUGAGUUCACCAAGUUAGGACUGGACAAAUACUUGGAGAAACUGAAGAACACAGAGAGCGACCGCCUCCACACGCAGAUCCAGGCCUACUUGGACAACAUGUUUGACGUUGGCCAGUUAAUGGAAGACUCAGACACCAAGAACCUGGCACUUGAGAGAGUCGGACAUUUGGAGGAGAACCUCUAUCAAACAAACGAGCAGUUGCGACAGGUGGAAGAUGCAUCUCUUGCUAGAAUAGCAGAGCUUCAGUUGGAACUAGCCUCAGCUACCAAAGACCUGGACACCCUCAGGGUCCAGAAGAAGGAGGCCGAUGUCGCGAUCGAGACGUUAAAACGAAAUUCAAUUGCCCGAGGACCGGGGAGUGGUGGAGGGGGUGGAGCUGGAGCUGGGGGCGGUGGCCCAGGGGGCUUUGGCCCCGGUGGUGGUGGUCCUGGAGGACCUGGUGGCCCAGGCAGUGGCGGACCUGGCGGUGGCGGACCUGGCGGUGGCGGACCUGGUGGUGGAGGAGGCUCCGGACCUGGUGGAGGAUUCCCCCCACCCCCAGAUGACUGUAAGUUACCUCCACCGCCCCCACCCCCUCCCCCACCCCCUCCUGGUGCAACGCCCCCGCCCCCUCCCCCACCCCCAUCAUUUGGUGGUGGACCUCCACCCCCUCCCCCGCCGGGACCUCCCCCUCUCCCUGGCGGUAUCCUUGGAGCAGCCCCAGAUGGAUCUGUGACCAUAAAAGGCAAGAUCCAUACCAAAUACCGUCUGCCCCUCCUCAACUGGAGUCCCUUCAUGCCCAAUCAAAUCGGUGGCACCGUGUUCAGCGAACUUGACGACACCAAAGUCAUGAAGGACAUCAACUUUGAGAACUUUGAGGAGAUGUUUAAGACCCAGAACCAGUCCACGGGCAACUUUACGGCCAAGGAUGGGCCCAAAAAGUCCCCCUCCAAGAAGAAGCAGCAGUCGCUGCUGGACGCCAACCGGCUGCAGAACAUCUCCAUCAUGCGGCGGAAGAUCGAGCUGUCGGCCAAGCAAAUCACAGAGGCAAUCAGAAGGAUGGAUCUGAGCCUGUUGGAACUGGACACGGUGGAGCAGCUGCAACGAUUUGUACCCAACGAGCAGGAAGUGAAAGCCUUCAAACAGUACGAGAAAGAUAAGAAACCCAUCGAGCAACUGACAGAAGAAGACAGACUCAUGAUCAGCUUGUCCAAAGUGGAGAGACUGGCAGACCGUUUGUCCGUCAUGAGCUUCAUGGGUAACUUUGCCGACACAAUCAAGGCGAUCAAGCCGCAAUUGAAUGCCAUUACGUCAGCAUCUCUCACCAUCAAGACCUCGGCUCGUCUCAAGAAGAUCUUGGAGAUCGUCCUGGCCUUUGGGAAUUACUUGAACAGUGCCAAGAGAGGGGCAGCAUACGGCUUCAAGUUGCAGAGUCUGGACACGUUACUGGACACCAAGUCGACAGACCGGUCCAUGACGCUGCUGCACUACAUUGUGGAGACAGUGCAACGCAAGUUUCCCGGUGCAGCCGAUUUCUGCUCUGAUCUUCAAUACGUCGAAAAGGCAUCUGCAGUUUCUAUAGAGAACCUGACGUUAGACAUCAGGCAUUUGACGGCAGGAAUCCAGCUCUGCAAGAGGGAGUUUGCCCAGCAGCAUGAGAACUCUAUCUUGAGAGAUUUCCUCCUGUCCAAUGAAGACAAGGUCAAAAAAGUUGACAGUGACAUGAAGAAAGCCCAGGAAGCAUACAAUGAUGCUGUUGGUUACUAUGGCGAGAACCCCAAGAUGUGCCCACCCAGCACGUUCUUUGCCCUCUUCCACCGCUUUGUCAACUCUUACAAGAAAGCGGAAGCUGACAAUGAACAGCGAAGAAAACAGAAGGAAGCGGCCCUAGAGACUGCAGCAAACAUUGCGGCUGCUCAGAAGGCACGCAAACACAAAGAUCAGAACAAGAUCAAUCAGGACGCCAUGGUGCUUGAGCUACAGAAGAAGCACAGGAACCAUCAGGACAAGAGGCGAGAAGCCUCCGACGGAGCCAUCGAAAAUAUUAUCUCAGAUCUGAAAAAUGAGCCUUACCGACGAGCAGAUGGAAUCCGACGCAGCCUACGGCGGAAACAGCAAGAAAACCUUCGACCCACAAUCCUCUCCAAUGAAAUGGUGAUCUAAAUCAGUCCCCAAAAUAACACCUCUCAGGAGAAAACCUUUGAUACAACAGCUGAUGGUGUCAGCAUUCACAGGUCAGAGUUGACAUUCUCUGAGAGAGAAAAAGUCAAGUUGCCUCCCUUGCCAAGAUGGUUCAAAUGUUCUCUGCUGGCUAUAACUUGGCUCUUUGCAUUGAACUGGAAUAUUUCAAGUUCCGUUUGUAAAUAUGAGGGGCACCCCCAACAUGUUACCACUUUGCUAACAGAUAAAUGACUGGUAUUUAAAAAGAACAGGAUUAAUUUAAUCUCAACUGUAUAUAUGUGGAGCUCCCCUCUCAUAAAGUGCCAUAUUAAAAUCUAAGCAUUUUCCUUGUACAUAGCAAGUUGUUAAUGACAUUACAUUUUUUUUAUAAGACUUAAUAGGGCUGUGCUCCCCCUGUGUGGGGUGUGCCCUGAAAUUGCUGGUAAAUUUGUAUUUAGUCAGCAAAGCCUUAGCACUGAACAGAGUCAUCCUCAAAUAUUGCCCAAGAAAAAAUAGGAAGACCAUUAGACUUUUGUAUAAAAGUUACCAUUAGUGUAAAGAUGAUGAUCUUUUUUAAGUUACAAUUUUGAAAGGAAAAUGGAGUGAGAUUUGAUGGAUUCCCCCAUAUCUUUUUUUUUUUAAAUGGAAGCUCCAAUCUUUGCCAAAUGUAUGCCAAAGUUUUAUGACAGAGCUAGUGAUAUAUUCGGAGGAGAGUUAGACUCUUUGUAGAGCUUUCUAGAUGUUUGAAUCGACGAGACACGGGCGCCAGGAGUCAAUCCUUCCACUGUUCUUUCUGGAGACAAAACAUCUCUUCCAUGUAAAGGUUGCAGAAUGAUGCCAAUAUCUUCCCUAAGUUGGUCAAAAUCUCAGUGAGUUUGUUAUUGGUCAGGAAAGCACCAGCUGCAGCAAAUGUAACUUAAAUGAAGUCCCUGUCAACUCUUCAUCAUUUCCUUCUUGUGGUAGUGGCGCAUGUGUGUAGAUCUGUUUCACCCACGACUGGUUUGCGCUAAACAUGAACAAUACCUCCACGUGUGGGCCACCGUGGCCACGGUCAUCGCAUAUAUUGUUAUGGGCAGCUUCAACCACGGACAAACGCAAAUGCGCAUGCUGCAUGCUUGACUAAUUUAUCUUGAAUAAGUAGAUUACCAUCUCAACACUAUCCACUCAUUACCAUCACAACAGAUCGUGGUGCAGCACGAUUGUGACAUCACAGGAAAAAGGUCUGUAGCAAAAAUUUAUUUGAAAUAUCGACAAGAUGUAGGACAAAAUUACGAAUGAGAAUUGUCAGGUGAUCAAUGUUCUUUUCGCUUGUAAUGGACAACCAUUGUAUGUGAACAACCCACGGGCAUUGUAUAGAUACUUUAGUAUGUUUUAUAUUGUAAAGUAUUUUUAAAAUUUUUUUUGUCUAAUUAAAGAGUUCAGUCUGUACGAUUUUAAAAUUUUGAAGCAUUUCUAAAUUUUUUUCGUACAUUGGAUUUUAACAUGAACAAUAUGGACCUAUCUGGAAUGAGCUUCCUUCUCAAUUGUGCAGUUUUCUCUAAUGAUGUGGUGAUGAUGGCCUAUUUUAAAACCAAUUAGAAUCUACCUUUUUUGACACUUUCAGAGAAGCCAAUCGUAUUGCCUGUUUCAAAGCUUUAGAUUGUGCAGACAUUUUGUCCACUAAUAAGAACAGUAGUCAGGAUCACAUGGCGACAGUGUAACCAAUCAGCUGUGAUGUUUUAACAGUGCUUUUAGAAGAGAAGCAAACAAGGAUUUUGAACCAGAAUGUCUGUUGCCACAAAAGGAAUAUUCUUAAUAGACAAAAACCAAUUGAAAUUGGUACCGAUAUGCAAAGAGUGAAAUACAUUGUAAAUGGAAUGUGAGUGUAUAUUUUUUAUGGAAAUUUCAAACUUUAGUGUAUUUUACUUGUGCACUCUAGCAAUGCUUAUGUAAUCUUAGGUUAACAACCACAAGAAAUGAUUUUGUUUUAAUUGAUGGAAGAUUUUUGCCACUUUUUUGUUCCUACUUCGACGCCUCUGCUCUGUUCCAUUCCUCAUACCUUUAGUGUAAUUUCGUUAACAGUACUGGGUUCGAAUGCUAAUUAAUGGGGCAGCGUGGACAUCCGGGAGUUUCACAGAAAUACGGGUAGCAACCACACCGCGCCGAUGAAAACAAUUGCAACGAGCACGCGCGUACGUACAGAUCAAAAAAAGAUUGUAUAAGCCGAUCCUCGGAUCGGGCUGGUUGGUGCGUGCGUACGUCGCCAAGGUCGCUGUUUCCACCGGCGCAGUACCUGUCAUUUUGCGAGAAUCCCGGAUGUCCGCGCUGCCCCGUAGGGAUCAUAAACAUUUGACAUUUUUAAAAAUAAAUUAAAGCAAAUAGUGCACAUUUCUCUUUUUGUCACAACAAUGCGACGUAGCCCUGACAAUAAAAAUAAAAACAUUUCCACGGAUGAGGUCGUGAUGAAA